CUUGUGGCAGCGGGGCCUUCGCCUCCUGCUCCUCCUCCUCCUCCUCCCAGGCAGCGGCUCUCUCUCCUCUUCACCGUCACUUCGCCAGCCCGGGAGAGGAGGAAGAGCGAGCCGGGUUUGCCGCUAUGACGCGGCCAAGUUUGCCUCCGCUCUUGGUCCUCACCGCCUUGCUGAGCCGGUGCGGCUCUCAAGUCCGGCAGCAGCAGCAGCAGCAGCAGCCCCCGGCGGCGCCGCAGCAACGAGGUCUGUUUCCAGCAGUGCUGAACUUGGCUUCUAAUGCCAUCAUCACAACAAAUGCUACCUGUGGUACAAAAGGCCCUGAAAUGUAUUGCAAAUUAGUGGAACAUGUUCCUGGCCAACCAGCAAGAAAUCCUCAGUGUCGGAUCUGUGACCAGCGCAGUCGGAAUCCCAAUCAGCGACACCCAAUCACGAAUGCAAUUGAUGGCAAGAAUACUUGGUGGCAAAGCCCUAGCAUUCAGAAUGGGAUGGAAUAUCACUAUGUGACUAUCACACUGGAUCUGCGGCAGGUGUUCCAGAUUGCUUAUGUCAUUGUAAAAGCAGCUAAUGCACCACGGCCUGGAAACUGGAUUUUGGAACGUUCACUUGAUGGUGUCAACUACCAGCCUUGGCAGUACUAUGCUAUCACAGACACAGAAUGCCUCACUCGCUACAAUAUUCCUCCUCGCACUGGACCUCCAUCAUAUGCGAAAGAUGAUGAAGUUAUAUGUACUUCGUAUUACUCCAAGAUCCAUCCACUGGAGAAUGGAGAGAUUCAUACCUCUUUGAUCAAUGGACGGCCAAGUGCAGAUGACCCUUCUCCAGCUCUGCUAGAAUUUACCUCUGCUCGUUAUAUUCGCCUCAGAUAUCAGAGGAUACGGACACUGAAUGCUGAUUUAAUGAUGCUGAUGCACAGAGACCCCAAUGAAAUUGACCCAAUAGUUACCAGGAGGUAUUAUUAUUCCGUGAAAGAUAUAUCUGUUGGAGGAAUGUGCAUCUGUUAUGGCCACGCGAAGGCAUGCCCACUGAAUCUAGCAACAAAUAGGUCGUCUUGUGAAUGUGAGCACAACACCUGUGGAGAAAGUUGUGAUAGGUGUUGUCCUGGGUUUAAUCAAAAACCUUGGCAAGCUGGGACCUUUCUUGUAAAGCAUGAGUGCGAAGCCUGCAAUUGUCAUGGGAAAGCUGAAGAAUGUUACUAUGAUCAAACUGUGGCAGACAAAAAGCAGAGUCUGAAUAUCCAUGGAAAAUAUGAUGGGGGUGGAGUUUGUGUUAACUGCACUCAAAACACUGCAGGCAUCAACUGUGAAACCUGCAUUGAUGGGUAUUUCAGGCCAAAGGGGGUACUACCAAGUGAACGCAAACCAUGCCAGCCGUGUAAUUGUUAUUCCAUUGGCUCUUUAGACGGCACUUGUGUCAAGGAUGAAAAACACGCUAUAGGAGACCUGCUUCCUGGAUUCUGUCACUGUAAACCUGGCUUUGGAGGAGAGAGGUGUGAUCGAUGUGCACUGGGUUACAAAGGCUUUCCUUACUGUGUGCCCUGCAAUUGCUCUCUCAAAGGCAGCUUAAAUGAUGACCCUUGCCAAGGACCCUGCAGGUGCAAGGAUCACGUCAGAGGAGAGAGCUGUGAUCAUUGUAAACCAGGCUUCUUUAACCUGCAGCAAGGAAACCCUCAGGGCUGUGAAGCAUGCUUCUGCUCAGGAAUAACAAAUGACUGCAUGGAGUCUCGCUGGACCUACAGCACUAUUACAGACAUGAAUGGCUGGUACCUGACAGAUGUAGCUGGUCUCGCUCAAGUUACUCCUCAGCAGGAUAGCUUUGAUGGACCCCAACAACUAAGCAUCAACAACAUGGAUGCAAGGACUGUUCUACAGCAGGUUUAUUACUGGAGUGCUCCCCGUCCUUACUUGGGCAACAAAAUAACAGCUGCUGGAGGACAUCUGAAAUUCACCAUUUCAUAUGACCUCACUGGGGAAGAUGCUGCUGCCCAAGCGAUGCUUCAGUCUGAUGUCAUCCUAGAGGGAAGUGGCUUCCGAAUCAGUACCUCACAAGAGGGAAUUCACCUAAAUCCGUUUGAAGAGCACACGGAAGAAGUGUUGCUGAAACACAACUUAUUUAUGCUGCAUGGGACUGGCACUCCGGUCAGCAGGAGGGAAUUCAUGGCUGUGUUGGCAAAUAUAAAGAAACUCCUCAUAAGAGCAACAUACAGCUAUGGGAUGAAUGCCAUCUACAGGCUGAGUGAUGUCAGCUUGGAAGCUGCUGAUUCCUCUUCCACCGGACAAAAAUAUGCAUCUGCUGUUGAAGUUUGCCACUGUCCUCGAGGGUAUUCUGGGACCUCCUGUGAAUCUUGUUGGCCAAGGCACAGGAGGGUGAACGGCACCAUUGUUGGCGGAAUCUGCAGGCCAUGCACAUGCUUCGGUCACGCGGAGGCCUGCGCUGAUCUCACUGGAGAAUGCUUGGACUGCAAGCACAACACAGGUGGCCCAUAUUGUGAUAAAUGUCUUCCUGGUUUCUAUGGAGAUGCUACUAAAGGGAAGCCUGAUGACUGCCAGCUGUGUGCCUGCCCACUGAGUGUGCCUUCAAACAAUUUUAGCCCAACUUGUCAUUUGGACCAGAGUCGUGGAUUAAUAUGUGAUGAAUGUCCCCCUGGGUACUUUGGCUUACGCUGCGAGAGGUGUGCAGAAGGCUAUUUUGGACAACCUUUAAUACCAGGGGGAUCAUGCCAGCCUUGCCAGUGUAAUGACAACCUUGACUUCUCCAUUCCUGGCAGCUGUGACAGCUUGUCUGGAGCUUGUUUGAUAUGUAAGCCAGGUACAACAGGCCAGUACUGUGAGAAGUGUGCUGACGGGUAUUUCGGAGAUGCUCUUGAUGUGAGGAACUGUCAACCUUGCCGUUGCAAUGUCAAUGGCUCAUUUUCAGAGAUCUGCAACUCUAAGACUGGGCAGUGCAACUGCAAGCCCAACGUCAUCGGACGUCGAUGUGAUAAGUGUAAGUCUGGAACAUUUGGUGUACAAUCAUCCAGAGGCUGUGUACCAUGCAACUGUAAUUCAUUUGGAUCCAAAUCUUUUGACUGUGAUGAGACUGGACAAUGCCACUGCCAACCAGGUGUUGGAGGGAAGACGUGUGACCGCUGUGCUCAUGGAUUUUACAGCUUUGAAGAAGGAGGAUGCACCCCUUGUGAGUGUUCCCAUCUUGGUAAUAAUUGUGAUCCACAUACUGGCCGUUGCAUCUGUCCUCCAAACACAGUAGGACCAAGAUGCGAAAAGUGUGCAGCAAAUCACUGGGGUCAUGAUAUUAUCAGUGGGUGCAAGCCCUGUGACUGCAGUGUAGUUGGGUCCCUCAGUUUGCAGUGUAACCCUGACACUGGCUGCUGUUUCUGCCGUCCAGAAUUCGUAGGAGAGAAAUGUACUGAAUGUAGGCUGGGAUAUCGUGGUUUCCCACAAUGUGUUGCCUGUGAAUGUCUGAUAGCAGGGACUGAACCAAAUACUUGUGAUUCAGAAACGGAAAAAUGUUCAUGUGUUGAUCCUACAGGACAAUGCACCUGUAAGAUUAAUGUGGAAGGUCUCUACUGUGACAGGUGCAAACCUGGCAGGUUUGGGCUCUCUGCCAGGAACCCACUUGGCUGCAGCAGCUGCUACUGCUUUGGCCUGACAUCACAGUGCAGUGAGGCAAAGGGGCUGGUCCGCAUGUGGUUGACUCUGAAGCCAGAUCAGGUCAUUCUUCCUCUUGUUGAUGAAAAUGUCCACCACCAAACCGUGCAUGGAAUUGUAUACCAAUAUCCAGAGACAAUUGCAAAUAUGGACUUAGUGAUGCAAGAAUUACAUUCAGAACCAUUUUACUGGAGACUUCCAAAACAGUUUGAAGGACAAAAGCUGACAGCUUAUGGGGGAAAACUGAAAUAUGCUAUCUUCUUUGAAGCACGAGAAGAGACUGGCUUUGCAACCUAUAACCCCCAGGUCAUAAUCAGAGGUGGGACUCCCACACAGACACGAAUAAUUGUCAGGCACAUAGCUGCUCCUCUGAAUGGCCAGUUGACAAGGCACGAGAUAGAAAUGACAGAGCAUGAAUGGAAAUAUUAUGGCGAUGACCCAAGGGUCAGUCGGACUGUGACCCGUGAGGAUUUCAUGGAUGUUCUGUACAAAAUUCAUUACAUACUUAUUAAGGCUACUCAUGGGAGCUUCAUGAGGCAAAGCAGGAUUUCUGAAAUUUCCAUGGAGGUUGCACAGGAAGGAAGUGUAUCAGGAAGGACUCCUCGUGCCCAGUUGAUUGAGAAAUGUGACUGUCCUUUGGGUUAUUCUGGCUUAUCGUGUGAGACGUGCUCCCUAGGAUUUUACAGACUUCCUUCCACAUCUGCUGACAGAAGGCCAGGUCGAGCUUUAGAUCCUUGUGUUCCAUGUCAGUGUCAUGGGCACAGUGAGAUGUGUGAUCCUGAAAGUUCAAAAUGUCAGAAUUGCCGUCACAACACUAGUGGUGACCACUGUGAGAAAUGUGCACUUGGCUUCUAUGGAAUUGUUAGAGGAUUUCCUAAUGACUGCCGGCCUUGUGCAUGCCCUCUCCCUGUUUCAAGCAACAACUUCAGUCCAUCAUGUGUUACUGAAGGAGUCAAUGAUUACCGAUGUACUGCUUGCCCACCUGGAUAUGAAGGACAGUACUGUGAAAGGUGUUCUCCUGGAUACACUGGGACUCCAAACAUCCCUGGUGGAUCUUGUCAAGAAUGUGAGUGUCAUCCACAUGGUUCACUGCCUGUUCCCUGUGAUCCUGUCACUGGACAAUGCAAAUGCAAACCUGGAUCUACUGGCUGGAAGUGUGCAGGAUGUGAACCCCGGCAUGCUCGUGAAGGCAUAGCAUGUGUUUUUUGCGAUGAUGAGUGCACUGGAGUCCUUCUCCGUGAUUUGGAUCAAUUAAACCAGAUGGCUUUGAGUGUCAAUCUCAGUGGCCCGCUUCAUCCACCAUAUAAAAUGCUUUAUUCUUUUGAAAAUACAACCAAAGAGUUGAAGCAUUUACUAGCACCCCAACAAGCACCAGAAAGACGCCUUCGAUUGGCUCAGAAGAAUUUGGAUGCUCUCGUGACAGAGAUGGAUGAGCUUUUGACAAGGGCGACCAAGGUGACAGCAGAUGGGGAGCAAACCAGACAGGAUGCUGAGACAACUAAUGAGAGAGCAAAGAUGCUUGGACAGUUCAUCAAGGGCACCCUCCAGGCUGCAGAAGCGGCAAAUGAUACUGCAUUAAGAUUAAAUGAGACACUUAGAGCCCCAGACAAGACCUUAGACGUAAGUUUGCAAGAAAUACAGGGUGAUGUUGACAAAAUGAUGUCAGAGCUCCGGAACAGAAAACUGGACAGGCAAGAGGAGGCAGCCCAAGAUGAGCUACAAGCAGCAGAAGCCCUCUUGAAGAGAGUGAAUAAGUUGUUUGCAGAACCUAGACAGAAAACAGAGGAGCUCAAGAAUGAAGUCAGAGACAAGCUGGCAGACUACCAAGAUAAAGUUGAUGAUGCUCUAGACCUGCUGAGAGAAGCAACCAACAAAAUUAGGGAAGCAGAUAGACUAUCUGCAAUCAACCAGCAAAAUAUGACAGCAGUAGAGAAAAAGAAGCAAGCUCUAGAAGAUGGACAACAAGAAGCUGAAAACACUCUAAAAGAAGGAAAUGACAUCCUUAGUGAAGCAAAUGACCUGGCAAAUGAAAUCAAUUUAGCUGUUGAGUAUAUAGAUAAUAUCCGGGACAGAAUAAGCCCACUCUCUGAUGAGCUAAAGGAUAAAAUUGAUGAUUUGUCUCAAGACCUCAAAGAAAGGAAGCUUCCAGAACAAGUGCUAGAGGCAGAGUCCCGUGCUGCCCAACUGAAUGGUUCAUCGAAGAUACUGGAUGGAAUACUUGAUGAAGCCAAGAAUCUCUCCUUCAAUGCCACAGUAGCUUUUAAGGCCUACAGGAAUAUCAAGGACUAUAUUGAUGAAGCUGAUGGAAUUUCCAAAGAUGCUAAAGCUCGUGCAAAUGAUGCAAUACAACUGGUGUCUGGUCCAGAAGGAUCAUUAAAGGAUGGUGCCAAGAAUGCUCUACAAAAAAGCUUCAGGGUUCUUAAUGAUGCCAACAGGCAGGCAAAUGAUGUUAAAGAAAAUGAAGAUAGCCUGAAAGGGAUGCAGAACAGGUUGCAAGAUGCAGAGGGAAAGAACUCUGAUCUCCUGAGAGCUUUGAAUGAUACCCUGGGGAAAUUGUCAGCAAUUCCUAAUGAUACAGCUGCCAAGGUACAAGCCGUCAAAGACAAAGCCAAGCAAGCUAAUGAUACUGCAAAUGAUGUACUGGCUAGAAUCAGAGAUCUCAACAAGAAUCUCUUAGGGUUAAAAGACAACUACAGGAAACUUGCCGAGGAUGCAGCCAAAACAAACGCUGUGGUGAAAGAUCCCAAUAAAAACAGAAUCAUUGCUGAUGCAGAUGACACUGUUAAAAACUUGGAAAAAGAGGCAGAUCGGCUGAUGGAUAAGCUUAAACCAAUCAAACAACUUCAAGAUAACCUAGGGAAGAACAUCUCUCAUAUUAAAGACUUGAUCAAUCAAGCCAGGAAGCAAGCCAAUUCAAUCAAAGUAUCUGUGGCUUCUGGAGGCAACUGCAUUCGCACAUACAAACCAGAAAUAAAGAAAGGAAGCUACAACACUGUCAUCCUUAAUGUCAAGACAACAACUGCUGACAAUCUGCUUUUUUAUCUUGGAAGUAACAAAUUUACUGACUUUCUGGCCAUAGAAAUGCGUAAAGGCAAAGUAGAUUUCUUAUGGGAUGUAGGAUCUGGAGUGGGUCGCGUUGAGUAUCCAGAUCUGACAAUUGAUGAUGGAUUUUGGUACCGAAUUGAAGCAUCAAGGACUGGGAGAAAUGGCACAGUUUCAGUACAGGCUUUAGAAGGUCCUAAAGCCGCUAUUGGGCCAAGCAUUUUCCAUGCAAUUUCUCCACCAGGUUACACAAUUUUGGAUGUGGAUGCAAAUGCCAUGCUGUUUGUUGGAGGUUUAACUGGAAAAAUAAAGAAAUCUGAGGCUGUCAGAGUCACAACGUUUACUGGCUGUAUGGGAGAGACUUAUUUAGACAGCAAACCAAUUGGGCUAUGGAAUUUCAGAGACAUUGAAGGAGAGUGUAAAGGGUGUGCUGUCAGCCCUCAGGUAGCAGACGGUGAGGGCACUGUUCAGUUUGACGGGGAAGGCUAUGCUAUGGUGAGCCGCCCAAUAAGAUGGAAUCCAAAUAUCUCUAUGGUCAUGUUCAAAUUCAAGACAUUUUCUUCCACUGCUCUUCUGAUGUACCUUGCUACAGUUGACUUGAAAGAUUUCAUGAGCAUCGAACUCAAUGACGGGCAUAUUAAAGUCAGUUAUGAUCUAGGUUCUGGAACAGCUACUGUUGUCGGCAGCCAGAACCAUAAUGAUGGGAAAUGGAAAUCAUUCACCUUGUCAAGAAUUCUAAAACAAGCUAAUAUAUCAAUUGUAGACAUAGACUCCAAUCAGGAGGAGAGCAUAUCAACAACUUCUGCAGGGAAGCACUUCGGCCUCAACUUGAAAGCUGAUGAGCCUAUCUAUUUUGGUGGAUUGCCCACACUGAGAGGAAAUCUAAGCAUGAAAUCAAGGCCUGAAGUAAACACAAAGAAGUAUGCAGGCUGUCUAAAAGAUAUUGAGAUUUCUCGGACACCAUAUAAUCUUCUGAGCAGCCCUGACUAUGUUGGCAUUACCAAGGGAUGUACGCUGGAGAAUAUCUACACAGUCAGCUUCCCUAAACCAGGUUUUGUGGAAUUGCCACCAGUCUCACUCGAUGUGGGAACAGAAAUCCACUUGUCCUUCAGUACUAAAAAUGAAUCUGGCAUCAUCCUCUUUGGCACUAGUGGGGUGCCUGUACCCCUAAAGAGAAAACGCAGGCAGACUGGACAGGCCUAUUACGCUGUGUUCCUGAAUGGAGGUCGACUAGAAGUGCAUAUCUCUAAUGGAGUACGAGACCCUCGUAGGAUCACCAUCAAACCUGAAUCUGGAGAGUUUCAUGAUGGCAGAGAGCACUCUAUUUGGAUAGAGAGACUCAAAGGGAUGUUUGCCAUACAAGUAGAUGAGGACAGAAGACAGUCUCAGAGACUCCCCUCAGAUCAGCCAAUAUCCGUUAAGAAGUUGUUUGUGGGAGGGACACCACCUGAAUUUCACACUGCCCCAAUCAGAAACAUACCUGCCUUUGAUGGCUGCAUAUGGAACCUUGUUGUCAAUGCUGUUCCAAUGGAUUUUGCCCGGCCAGUAUCCUUUGAAAAUGCAGACAUUGGCCAAUGUCCUGAUUUAGCAGCACCACAUGAAAAGGAGGGGGAGGAUGAAGUUUCCACUCCUGAGCCUGACAUGGAAGAGAAGAAAGCAAGUGAACCUUCCACUCCAUCACCACCCUUCCCUCCUUCACCUGAUUUGCUUGCUGCUGAAGUGAAGAGUGCCAGCAUCUCAGCUGACUUUGACGCUGUGAUGGAGCAAUGUGCUGCUGACGUGGAACCAAUUACCUUGGACGGGGGCAAGCAAUUUGGCCUCUCAAGGAACAGCCAUAUUGCAUCUGCUUUUGAUGAUACCAAAGUUAAGAAUAACCUCACCAUCGAAUUUGAAAUCAGAACAAAAGCUGAAAAUGGGUUGGCUUUCUAUAUGGCCCGGAUCAAUCAUGCUGAUUUUGCCACUGUCCAGAUAAAGAAUGGCUGUCCGUACUUCAGUUAUGACCUGGGACAUGGAAAUACAAGCACUAUGAUUCCCAACAAAAUCAAUGAUGGGCAGUGGCACAAGAUCCAAAUCUUCCGAAGCAAGCAGGAAGGUGUCCUAUCUGUUGAUGGAGCUACAAACAGGACCACUAGCCCCAAGAAAGCUGAUAUUUUGGAUGUUGUGGGAAUGCUGUACGUGGGAGGAUUGCCCAUCAACUAUACAACUAAAAGAAUUGGUCCAGUUGUCUAUAGCAUUGAUGGCUGCAUACGAAAUUUCAUAAUGACCGAGUCUCCUGUUGAUCUGAAUAACCCUACUUCUAGCUAUAAUGUUGGAAAGUGCUUUGCCAAUGCACAAAAAGGAACCUAUUUUGCAGGAACAGGGUUUGCCAAAGCAGUUGGAGCGUAUAAAGUUGGGAUUGAACUGUUAGUGGAAUUUGAGUUCCGCACGACCCGGACAAAUGGUGUUCUAUUGGGGAUCAGCAGCCAAAAAAUGGAUGGACUUGGCAUUGAGCUGGUAGAUGAAAACGUGAUGUUCCAUGUUGAUAAUGGUGCAGGCCGAUUCUCUGCCAUCUAUGAACCUGCAAUACCAGGCAGCCUGUGUGAUGGACAAUGGCACAGGGUUAAGGCACACAAGAUAAAGCAUCGUUUAAUGCUGAAUGUGGAUGGCCAUCAUGUGGAAGGCAUCAGUCCAAAUGCAGCUUCCACUUCAGCAGAGACUAAUGACCCUGUCUUUGUUGGAGGAUAUCCUGAUGGACUGCAUCAGUUUGGCCUGACCACUAACAUACGUUUCAAAGGAUGUGUUAGAUCCUUGAAGCUCACCAAAGGGACCUCUAAGCCACUAGAGAUUAACUUCAGCAAAGCCUUGGAGAUAAAGGGAGUUCAACCUCUGUCGUGUCCUGCAGAUUAACAAGAUCUCAUUUGACUCUGAUAUCAACCUCACCACUGAAGAAAUGAAAAAAGAGUGUCUCAGAUGGUUAAAUAAUCCUAAAUAUACAGUGCUUUCAUAACAAUAAUAAACUCUUUUUGCAAAUGCCUUGACUUCAGCCUCUGAUGUAUUCAAAAUGGUGCUAUGUCAGGAGUGUGCUUUUAAACAAACAUUAAAUGAGAAACAUUUUUCCCUUGGCAUGCAUAAAGGAGCAAGUUACUCCUGUGUGAUGUUUGUGUUUUAAGCUCAAUUUGAAGUGGAAUUGUUUAGUAUAGAGUUAUGUCAUUGUAUCAGUACAGAUCAUAGUUUUCAAAAUCUGAAACAGUUGACUAUAGUCACAUUGGAUGGGUAUCUUGAGCUCCAAACCAGCAGCUGUAUGUAUGUGCUGUACUUCCAACCUUCUAGCCUUGAUGGACUGUAAGAACCAAUUGAGCUAGUGCCAUUUCUCCUGGGGUGUUUAUGUGGUCCCCUUCAAGUCCUCAGCUACAGCAACUUUCUUUUUUAUUGUAAUGUGUUUUGUACUGUUAUAGUAAAGUGGUAAUAAUGAAUGACUGUUUUGCUGGUUCCUUUGGUUUCCACUGUGUCAUUCAAAGAGAUGUGCCAUCUACAUGAUGCCAUUUCACCUUGUGGUAGGAGGCACUAAGGGGACAAACUGUACAAUUUAGUUGAUGCAUUGUUAGUAUUAGGAAUUCCUUAAGUGCUGAACAACAGCCGAUUUGUCUAGCACAAGUUUUUCUUGCAAAUUAGUUUGUUUUCAAUGUAUUAUCAAAGGCUUUCACAGCUGGGAUCUGAUGGUUGUGGGUUUUUUGGGCUC